UUUGAGGAGUAUCUGAAAACAAACACCCCUCGUAUUCUAAUUUCAUAGUCAAGCAACCAGUUCUCCAACCAAACACACACAAUUUAACUGGAGGAGCUGGUGUCCUUGGACGGGUAGCCCCAAAGGUGUCCGAAAAACCCCAAAGGUGUCCGAAAAACCGGAGCCGUCUUGGCAUCGAUUCAACCAAACGAACCGUUUUGGCACGUUUCUAUUUGAAAUGAAACGGGUGGGAUCACAAUUGGUUCUUUUGGAUACAGAAUAUUACACGGUAAAAGCGACCACUUACUUGGUAACUCUCCGGAAAAUACGGUUAUUAACCCCGUGAAAAACGAAAAGAAAAUAAAAAAAGUUACACGCCGCUGUGAUUCGAAAUUCCAUGAUCAAAUGCAUGAAUUGCUGCUUUCUGAAUUCUGAUCAGGAAAGUCGAGUAUUAUAUUUUUUUAAAAUGAUUAAUCUAAGAGAAAAAGAUCAUCAAAUUUGAAGGGGAAAAUUCAAUCUGAGAAGUACUUGUCGUAUUGAUUCAGAACAAGUAGCAAACUUUGGUGGAAGAAUUGGGAGUCCGUUGGAUGUUGACCAACGGAUUUGAACAACAAUGAAGGAGUCGUUAGAUAGAUCAGAGUUGCGCAGAAUGCAAAGGGAGCAAGAGCGGGAACGACGCCGUAUAAGGGACAGGCAAAGAAGGCAGUCUAUGACCGUUGAACAGAGAGAACGACAUCUGGCUCGGCGUCGUAGGAACUAUCAACUUAGACGACUGAGAGCUGAGAAUGCUAAAGUUGAUUGCCAAUCUCAGCAAAUAAGCAAUGAACAUGAAGCAGCAGGAGGGAAUGAAGUGCUCAGGAAUGAUGCCCAAGAAGUUACUCAGACUGAAAAGCUAUCCGCCGAACGUCUGCAUUACUCUGAGUGCUUGGAAGCUGCAGCUUGUAAAUCGGCUAAUUUCACCAAACGGUUGCGUUUGAGUCAUAUAAGGCGGCUUGCACGAUCCUUGAAUCAUUUAGGGGGUGAAGCAAUUGGUAACCACCAAGUUGUAGCAGACGUGAUUACAAAGGGUGAUGCUAAUAAUACUUGUUGUUUCCGAAUUGGAGAUUUUGAUUCUGGUAGGCUGCCAAAUGGACUACGAUUGAAUCGUGUUAAACGUCUUGCACGGACAUUAAAUUCUGCUGCUCAUGAGACUUCUGUGAACUGCCAGAAAGGUACUAGAGAAAAAAGUGCAUUGGACCAGAAUGUGUCUGCGGAAGAGGUUCCAGUGACCCGUGAUUGUAAGCCUAAAUUUGGACAAACUAUCAGCGUCGGAGGAGAUGUUGAAGGACCCAACAUGGAUGGUAAUAAUCAGCUGCAAUUCCCAUGUACUUAAAGCAAUGGAUAAACAACCCCUCAUGUACUAAUGUCAAGAGGUGAACUUUAACCACACACAAAGCAAUGGACUUUAUGUAGCUCUUCUCUACAGGUUUUUGACUGAAGACUAACUGCAUGACAGAGGAAAGCUAACGGGAUGAGAAAGCUUCUUGGAUUCAUAAAAUUUGCUGGCAAAGCUCUCUGAUUUCUUUGAAGAAUUACAA